UUUACGAAGUCGUUUUGGAGGAAACGCCGCCAGAAGCCACUUCCUGCCAACUUGCGCUGCCGUGCGCCUCGAGCCAGAGCGUUCCCCGCACCGCCUCGGACUGGAGCGGCCGCGUGUCUCCCUGCGCAGCGGGAGCGGUUCUCUUUCAGGGCGCACCGAACGGUGUUUAAGUAAAACAUAAUACUAAUUCUUGAUUUUGAAGAUUUGAAAAUGAAAACAUUUCAUUUCUGUAUAAUCUUGGCACUUUUUGUAACUGGAUCUGUCAUCGGUGAAGGUUCUGAAAGAGACUUUUCCAGCCUGAAUGAUUCUGGAACCUCUGUCAUUGGAAUAGAACAUAAAUUACUUACUCCUUCCAGUCAACCAAACAAAAACAACAGUGCUUGUUCACACCGUCCUAGAAUGGGUGACACUUUUAAACACAUCAAUACAGUAAUUUCUUGUGCAAUAUUCAUCAUUGGGCUUGUUGGGAAUGCAACUCUUCUGCGGAUAAUUUACCAGAACAAAUGCAUGAGGAAUGGACCCAAUGCAUUGAUAGCUAGCCUGGCCUUGGGAGAUCUCAUCUACAUCAUCAUAGAUAUUCCUAUCCAUGUAUAUAAGCUUCAUGUUCCAUGGCCUUUUGGGAUGACACCUUUUGAGCAAUUUCUUUGCCGUUGUGUUCCUUUUAUUCAGAAGGCAUCUGUGGGAAUCACUGUUCUUAAUCUCUGUGCUCUAAGUGUGGACAGGUACCGAGCAGUUGCUUCCUGGAGUCGUGUUCAGGGAAUUGGUGUCCCCUUGACUACAGCUAUUGAAAUUUUUAGUAUUUGGAUUCUUUCCUUCAUCCUGGCUAUUCCAGAAGCAAUUGGUUUCACCACUGUUGAAUUUUUUGAUGGUGAAAAACGCCUCAAAUCCUGUAUGCUAUGGGCAAAGAACGACUUCUUGAAAUUUUAUAUAAAAGCAAAAGACUGGUGGCUCUUUGGUUUCUAUUUCUGCAUGCCACUUGCUUGCACUGCAUUCUUUUAUACCCUGAUGACCUGUGAAAUGUUAAACAGGAGGAAGAGUAAUUUGAGAAUUGCUCUCAGUGAACAUCUUAAGCAGCGCCGAGAAGUUGCAAAAACUGUUUUCUGCUUAGUUGUGAUUUUUGCUCUUUGCUGGUUUCCUCUUCAUCUGAGCCGGAUACUGAAGUCAGUGCUAUAUCACGAACGUGACCCCAAUAGAUGUGAAUUACUCAGUUUUUUGUUGACAUUGGAUUAUAUCAGCCUUAAUCUAGCAACCAUAAAUUCCUGCAUAAAUCCUAUAGCACUCUAUUUUGUGAGCAAGAAGUUCAAAAACUGUUUCCAGUCAUGCCUCUGCUGUAUUUGUCAUCGGACAGGAAGUCAGACGUCAUCUGUUCCUAUGAAUGGAACAAGCAUUCAGUGGAAAACUAAUGAACUGAACAACCACAACACAGAACGGAGCAUCCACAAGGACAGCUUAAAUUGAGAUUCGGCAAAAGCUGUGCUUCAGAAUUUAAGGAAAAGACAACAGAAAUUAUAUCUAGGGUUCAACAAACUUAUUUAUUUGGAAGCUCUGUGCUCUAGCACUUAAUUCCAAAGAUGACCAAAAAGAACAGAUGUGCGUAAGUGAAUCCUUAAGUGGAAUUCAAAUGGUGGCGAGGAAGGUUCUUUUUCUUAUAAAGAAAUUUACCUCUUGGCAGAAACAAGAAGAAUCUACCAAGUACUCUGCAGAGUGUUCACAGAUUUCAGCCAGAACUUCUAGCUGUAUGUUAUGUCGCGUAUUCUGUUGCAUCAUUUUAAUUGUAUAAUCAUAUAGAAUUUCCUUUUUCAAGAAUUGUGAAAAAGUGGAACCUGUAGCUACUCUAUAAUGACACCAUUCUUUUGUCAGGAAAUAGUUUAGUUAGUCUGUUUAGAAGCAUGUUCAGCAGAAAACACUUUUAUCACUAUAAUAUACAUGCUAGUUUAGAUCUAAGCAGCAUUUUAUGUGUUGUAAUGUAACAAAUGAGAUAUAACUUGGACAAAGAUCUUUUGUGGUGUUUUGCCAACCACUGGUUUUUGGGUACAGAUAUAAUAUUAGGACUUAACAUUUAGGAUAUAAACUUAUGCCCAAAAGGUACAGCAGUGCAUUAGCAGGCAAAUUUUAAAUAAAUCAUAUGCAUAUAUGAUAUCACCAUGAUACAUGUUCUCUGUGAAAAUACCUUUUGAGAGCUAUUCAUAUUUCUCCUUGGCAAAUGAUUCCACUGUUGAACUGAGCUUACUUUUUAUAACAUUCAACUGGAAUCUGUCUUCCUACAACUUAAGACCAUUAUGCCAUAUCCAGCACUUUAUUGUGUGAUGUCCCUUCAGGUAUUUGAAAAAUGCUUUUAAAUUUCCCCUCAGACUUUUCAAGGCCCAACAUACCCACUUCCUCCCGUUUCUUCUCAAAAGACUUAAGUUUCCUUGUUAUCCUUCUCUGCAUCUUUUUCAGUUUCUCUGAUUUUUUUCUUUAAAAUGUGGACACAGUCAGAGCUUGCCACAGUAAUAGAGGUGGGGACUAAUAUUUUACAGCUGCAAAUUUAAAUGGGAGUUUAUCUAUAUGAAAACAAAUCAGAUAUGAUCUUGUUACCAAAAUUUGUGGAGAAUGGAAAUGUGGGUAAUACCACUUUUAAGUUUUAAAUUCUAUUUCAUAAAAAUGCUACAUUUGCAACUCUUAGUGAUAUACCUAAGUGUGAUAAUUCUGGCAUUCUGUUGCAGACAAAUCCUAAAACAUAAAUCUCUAUUUAUCGUGGGCAGAACCAGGAAGCAAACCAUGGUUUCUCUUUUUGGCACCCCUUUUUUCCUAUUUUGCUUGGGCAUCUUUUUUUAUUUCUCUUUCUUUUGAUAACAUAAUGUGCUGCCAAGGAAUAGAGAGAUCAACUGUCCAGAGUUCUGACUUGGGUCUCUUUCGAAGGACUGCUGAAAUUAGUCUGAGAACUUCAUGGGCCCUGAAUAUCAGCCAAACAUUCUUUGUAGUUCAUUUUGUAGAAUUUCUAUUUCUACAAUAAAUAGCACUUAUGUGCACUUAGAGAAAUCAUUCUGUAACAGAACAGGGCACAAAUAAUUCCUGCCUGGCUAAAUGUGUAUUAAAAAAACUCGCAGGAGUCCAUUGAAUAGGAUCUUUUUAGUUAAAUUAGAGUGGAGACUAUGGGGGUGAACAAAUAUGUUAGGUUUGACUCUACUGUGUUUCUAGCUUUUCUAGUCUUAAUUUUUUUCAUCCUAUUUCACAUCAGAUUGAUACUUUUGUUUUUUAAAAGUUGGCAUGAAAAUUCAUUUAUAUAUUUAUGAACAUCUCUCACAACAGACAUAUUGUAUAUAAUUUGUAUAAUAUAUGUUUUGGCAUGUAUUAUAUAAGCAAGUUGCUAUGUAUUGUGCAUUUUGCACAUUAUUCCCACUAAUAUAGGCUUUUUGUGCAUUUUCCCCUAACAUGCACUUCUGUAUACUUUUUUUUUUUGUAAAAUUGCAUCAAAAAUGUGAGACGUAUGUUUUUCAACCAUAGUUUCAGUUUGCAUAUUGGUGAAAAGUUAUAUAAGUUUAUAUUAAAAUACAAAACAAAUGCCUUCAGCUUUAGAAAGCACCUUCAGCUUGAGAACCAUAUUCUGCUUCUUUAGCAGCUGUAUUGAACCAUUUCUUAAGGCAGCAUGACAUCUUGCUUUCAGGCUUUCGUGGAUGUCUAGAGAAAGCUGGACUGUUUUAAUGAAUAGCAAAGAGGUACCCUGUGUUCACACAUGGUCCAGAACACUUCUGAAUAAGUUUUCAAAGCCCUUCAUAGAAAUAGCUAAUAUUUGGACUGAGCUGAGACAAAUACCAGUGAAUUCAAAUUUUGUUAUCUGUUAUGCAUAGGUAGCUCAGCAAAUGACAUUGCCCAGCUGAUCUUGGCUGCUCUUGAAAUCUUAAGCAGGUCCAGUCCAGUUAGUUGGAUGGAGAUCAACAGGAAAUACCAAAACUGUAGGCUAGAUUGGGUAGUUAAGAAAACACCCCGGAAGAAGAUAAUAACAAACCAUUUCUCUUCUUCUGUCAAAGAAAACUAUAUAGGCCUAUAGAGGUAGCCAAUUCAAGGGAAUCUUUACUUUUUUCAUGAGUAAAUAACAGUAUAAUUCUUUGUCCCCUAGAAUGCCUGAUGGACAAUCCUGGUUCCUCCUCCUAGCUGGGAGUUUUAUAGGCAAGAAGCUUUUAUUAACUUUAUUCUCUCCUCUGAUAAUCAGUGACACUGUGUCCAGUGUUGGAAACUCUGUGUUGGGAAGGUCUCAAAGGAAGCAAAGGACAGGAUGGAAUGGGAUGGCAUGACCAUAGAUUCGAGAAAAGAUUCAGAACAAUUAAAUUCUACUGCUGUUCCAAGUAGGUAUCCAGAUACUGAGCAUUGGCCUUAAUGCUUUGUAACACUGAUGUGCUCUUCCUCCUUUUAUUUUGGUUCAUUAAAGAUAUUGGAGCUAUCAGAGUACACUGAUUAACUGGUCAAAUUGCAAUACCCAUCAUGUUAACUUUAAUAGGAAGGACAAGUGAAUAUUGAGAAUUGCAGCCAAUAUGCUCAAAAUUACAUGCUGAGCUAAGAUCAGUCCAACUAUUCUUCUUUUUUCUCUAUAGUGUUUAAUUUUUGGUAACUUUUGGCAUAUUUCAAUGUUCAGAAUUCCUCUACAGCAAUUAUCACUUAAGUAGGUCUUUAACACUGGUAAUGUGGCAGAGGUUCUAAAUAGUAUGUUAUCAGUUUUAUUCAUUGAAUUCAUACAUGAUGCUUCAAGUGCCUUCUGGGGGAAAUUAAAAUUUACAAAUAUAGUAAAAAUGUGAAAUAUGAAUCCAUGUAAGUCAUUAUAAUCCAAAUGACUUCCUUAUCAUUAUCAUAAUGUCUACACUGUAGUCCUUACAGGUAGCAUUUUAUUUCCCAGCAAAAUGAAUUGCUUAGAACAACACAACUCACAGUACACUGGCUGCAGAAUAUUAUCAGCCAAUUAAUGAUGUCUGCUAUGCCUAAGUAGGCAAAGUAAUCAUGAGGCUUUGAACCUUUAGCAAUUUCAAAUAGAUACAAUUCUGUGCAUAAUUAAAAGGUCAAAUGCAAAGUUACAUUUGCCGAACAAUUACACCCAUCUUCAUAUAGAAGAUAAUACUGUAAUUUGUAUACUGUAUAUACCAUGUCUAUGUACAAUGUCUAGGUAUUUUGGUACUUUGGUACUUCUGAUAACUUCCUUCUGUUUAUAUGCAUAUUUCUUGUUUUCAAAUAAACUGUAAUGUGUUGACAUUGCUCUGUAAUAAAGCAGAAGAGCAUGCGGUGA